ACAUAACUGUCUAUUUAUAGCAUCACUUGCCUCGCAUUUCUCUCAUUUUAAGCUUCCAAAAUGGAAGAAAAAGGAUACACACAAGAUGGCACAGUCAACCUUCGCAGGCAACCCGUGCUUUCUUCCAAAACUGGCAAAUGGAAAGCUUGUGCUUUCUUAGUUGGCUAUGAAGCGUUUGAGAGGAUGGCGUUUUACGGUGUGGCAUCAAACCUUGUGGUUUAUUUGACCACACAAUUGCACGAAGACACUGUUGCGUCUGUCAGAAAUGUGAACAACUGGUCGGGUGCGGUGUGGAUGACUCCAAUCUUUGGUGCAUACAUCGCUGAUUCUUAUUUGGGUCGUUUCUGGACUUUCACCUUCUCGUCUCUCAUCUAUGUCUUGGGGAUGGUGCUAUUGACACUGGCAGUUUCAAUCAAAUUCUUAAAGCCAACUUGUAGUAAUGGAGUCUGCAACAAAGCCUCCACUUCUCAAAUUGCAUUUUUCUACACAUCUUUGUACAUCAUAGCCAUAGGUGCAGGUGGGACCAAACCAAAUAUUUCAACAUUUGGUGCUGACCAAUUUGACGAUUUUGACCCUGAUGAAAAAAGACUCAAGGUCUCCUUUUUCAAUUGGUGGAUGUUUAGCAGCUUCUUGGGUGCACUUGUUGCCACCCUUGGUCUUGUGUAUAUUCAAGAAAACUUGGGUUGGGGUCUUGGCUAUGGCAUCCCAACUGUUGGUCUCAUUUUGUCACUACUUAUUUUCUACAUGGGCACCCCUAUGUAUAGGCAUAAAGUUAGGAAGACCAAGAGUCCGGCUGCCGAUUUCAUUCGUGUUGUCAAGGCGGCAUUUGCCAACCGCCAGCGUGACCUACCAAGUGACCCGAAGGAGCUUCAUGAGUUUCCUUUGCAACAUUAUGUUGAUAGCGGGAAACGUCAAGUCUAUCACACUCCAAUUUUCAGGUUCUUGGACAAAGGUGCACUUAAAGAAGAAGAUAAGGUUGGCAACUCAAAGAGGCCACCAUGCACAAUUACUCAAGUGGAAGGAGUCAAGCUUGUAUUGGGUAUGGGCAUGAUAUGGCUUGUAACCUUGAUCCCUAGCACUAUUUGGGCACAAGUCAACACCUUGUUUGUAAAACAAGGCACCACUUUGGACCGACAUCUCGGGUCAACCUUUCAAUUACCGGCAGCAUCAUUAGGGAGCUUUGUCACACUCUCUAUGUUAAUAUCGGUACCAAUGUACGAUAGGUAUUUUGUGCCUCUAAUGCGUAAAAGAACCAAAAACCCUAGGGGGAUCACCAUGCUCCAAAGGCUAGGGAUUGGAUUUUCAAUUCAGAUUCUAGCCAUAGCAAUGGCCUAUCUAGUUGAAGUUAAGAGAAUGCAAUGCAUCAAAUCCCACAACAUUUUAAACCCUAAAGAAGUUAUCCCGAUGACCAUCUUUUGGUUAUUGCCUCAAUACAUCCUACUCGGGGUGGCUGAUGUGUUCAACGCCAUUGGAUUGCUCGAGUUCUUCUAUGAUCAGUCCCCGGAGGAUAUGCAAAGUCUUGGAACAACAUUUUUUACAAGUGGAAUUGGCGUUGGCAACUUUUUGAACAGUUUCUUGGUGACGAUGGUGGACAAGGCAACGAGCAUGGACGGAAGGAAGAGUUGGAUCGGAAACAACUUGAAUGAUUCGCAUUUGGAUUACUAUUACGGGUUUCUUUUAUUAAUUUCAAUAUUAAAUUUAGGAGCUUUCUUGUGGGCAUCAAAGAAAUAUAUUUAUAAAAGGGAGUCAAAUGUAGAAGCAAAGAAUGAAAUCCUAGAGAUGGAAUGCAAACCACUGGAGGUAGUUCCAUUAGGGUUACAAGUUUAAUAUGUAUGGAUUGCUAUUGAAUUUCUAGUGAAGAAUUGGUAUUCUGUACUUUUAUGGCUUAUUGUAUGUUUAUAUAAUAAAACUUCUAUUUAUAUAAGCCAAUAAUAUUGUUCUUUUUA